UUUGUUUCAAUGUUGUUGAUUUCAUUUUUCAUGCACUGUGUGUUAUUUGCCACAAUUUAUGGAAUUUGAUUUUGAGUGAAAUGAGAUUGGGAUCAUACACAGUAUCGGUGACUGUUUGCCGCUCAUAAUAAGAGAUCUGCUUUUAACAUGCUGUAAUUCCAUCGAUUUUCUAUUGCAUUCUUUUUGGGGAUUUUGACGAGCACGUGAGUCUAAUACAUUGGGGUGAGAAGAAAAGUCAAUCUUCCAAUCACUAAGUUUUCGAGAAACUACUUCAGGAUUCUUUUCUCUCUGUGUGUGUGGAACUCAUCUGCAAACUCAAAGAUGUCUCCUCUUCCUCAUGAACCUGCUGACUACGAUCGUGGGGCUACAGUUAAUAUUCCUCUUGAUGGUUCCAUGGAUUUAAGAAAGAGAGAACAGGAACUUCAAGCCAGAGAGGCUGAACUGAAUAAGAAGGAACAGGAGCUGAAAAGAAGGGAAGAUACCGUUGCCCAAACUGGAAUUGUCGUUGAGGAUAUAAACUGGCCGCCAAUUUUCCCCGUAAUUCACCAUGACAUCAGAAAUGAAAUCCCAGUCCAUCUACAAAAGUUACAAUAUGUUGCAUUCACGACAUUUUUGGGUAUUGCAAUAUGCCUUUUGUGGAAUGUUGUAGCCACCACCUUAGCUUGGGCCAACGGGGAAGGUCCAACCAUUUGGUUUCUUGCUAUCAUAUAUUUCAUAUUCGGUGUCCCAGGCUCCUAUGUGUUAUGGUAUCGUCCUCUUUAUCGUGCAAUGAGGACAGAGAGUGCUCUGAAAUUCGGGUGGUUCUUCUUAACUUAUUCAUUCCAUAUUGGCUUCUGCGCCUUUGCUUGUGUUGCUCCUCCAAUAAUAUUCAGAGGGAAAUCUUUGACUGGAAUCUUGCCUGCAAUUGACCUUUUAACUUGGAAUGCUCUGGUUGGGAUAUUUUACCUCAUUGGAUUUGUAUUCUUCUGCAUCGAGACAUUGAUCAGCGUAUGGGUGAUUCAGGUGAGAAACUUGCUGACACGUUUCGUUUACAAUCUAUCGAUUCUUGGCUGUUUGAAAACUGUGUUUAUCCAUGUCGAAAUCAUGUGCAGCAAGUAUACAUGUACUUCAGAGGAACUGGAAAAGCUGCAGAAAUGAAGAAGGAGGCUAGGAUGAUGGCAUUAUAACACGAAAAGAGUAGACAUUUGAACUCUUUGAUUCAUUGGCUCUUCUGUUCAAAAGUUUACUCGUUCUUCCAUUUGAUUCCAUUAUGUGUUACCAAAUGGCUAUAAUAAACAGAUUUGGUUUUUUUGAUGUGUGGAGAGGAAUGCAUUCCCUUUGCUCUUUUGGCAUCUUCUGUUCUUGUUGCAGUUUCUUGGUCAAUGUUUUUUCACAUUAUAUUGGAGAGGUAGAAUUAGAAAAUCUUCCAAGUGUA